AUGUUGACGGACAACGACGAAGACGUGUCGCUUUUUGACGCAGAGGAGGAUUCUGGGAAACGCAGUCUGAAAGGGGGAGGAGUCAAUUACUCGGCCCUGGGACCACCGCGAGGCUGCCUCCCUCCCCAUCCGUUCACGGCGGCCGCCCUCGAUCUUUUGCCCCGAUGCCCAUCCCGAAAAGGACAGAUUGGUGCUUUCAGACCGCCGACGCUGGAACGCUGA